CUUUCACCACUCCUCAAUCUUGCUUUUUUAUUUGUUUCCAUUUGAUGAAUGCUAUGAGUAGGUUUAGCCACUCCUAGUUUCUUGUAUUAUAUGCAAACAUGAUAUCACGUUUCUGCUGUUUGUGUAAAGUUGUUUAUAGUCUAUCUCUUUCAAGACCGUUUAAUGGAAACGUGUAACAUUAUGUAACUGUAACAUGCUGUUUGCAUUAUUACCUCUGUAAUGACCCUAGGAGUUUCUUCGGAGUUUCCUAUCUUCCUUGACCCUGAUGGAAUGUGAUACAUACAAUUCCUGGUGCCAAGGAAUAGGGACAAAGGCUUUUCACGUGCCUGGAUCAUUUGUUGAUUUCAAUAUGCAUAGCAUAAGGAAAUCUAUCUUGACUCAUGUGAAUUUGAGGAGGUCAACCGAAAGAUGGUUUUUGGCCAGGGAUGAGAGUGUGCUUAUGCAGUUGAGAUGUUGGUGCUCUUCAACAGCUGCCAGCUCUGAUCAAAUACUGGAGCGAGUGAUAGCCCUGGCCAAGAAGUAUGAUAAAACCGAUGCCUCAAAGGUUACUGAAACAGCUGAUUUUCAGAAAGACUUGAACCUGGACAGUUUGGACCGAGUGGAACUCAUUAUGGCUCUUGAAGAAGAAUUUUCGAUUGAAAUCCCUGAUGAGAAAGCAGAUAAACUUGCUUGCUGUGCUGAUGUUGCAAAAUACAUAGCAGAGGCUGGUCAGAAAAAUGUGGAAAAGCCCUGACUUCUUCUUACUGUUGUUUUUUGGGAUGUAAAUUGCAGUUUUUGUGGCUAUGCUACAUAGAUCUCUCUUAAGUCAUCUUAUUUGCAUUGAUACAUAUUAGUUUAUCUACAGUUUGCUUCAUUGAGGUAGUUAUUUCUUGAAUGCAUAGAACCCAUGAUUUCCAUGGUGAAUUUUGUAAUUUGAAAAUUUAAAUGCAGUAAUUUGAAGAAUAUGAAGUAAUUGACCCAUCCCAAA